AUGUAACAAAAGUAUCAAAUUUAAAAUAUUUUCAAGGAAUUAAGAAAAAUUUUAAUAAAUUGAACAAAAUUUAAAUUAAAACUAUUGCCAACAUUUAAAUAAUAAAUUUGACAAACUAAAUUGUUAUAACUAUUUCUACUGAAAUUUUGAAUAUAAUAUAGUAAAAUUACUAUAAUUUUGAUAACGUAUAUGAAAAAACUACAUACAUGAAAAAGGAAAUGAAUUUCUCUUUUUUUUUUUAACUAUUGUGAAUGAAAGAUAAUACACAGCAUUUAUUUAGUUUUGAAGCUACUACGAUUUGUAUUAAAUUUAAUUUUAAAUGAAUGUGAUCAGACAUUUGUUUAUCGUGUUGGUGGGCCACAAAAUGGCACAUUUACGGCACCAUCAUUUCAAAAUCCAACGAAUCAUUCUCGACAAUGUUUGUAUAUCUUCCUAGCAGGCCCUGGACAACGUGUUGAAGUUAUCUUUACACAUUUUGCUUUAAGGGGCUCUCCACCAGAUGGGUCGGCUGUCGGUGAACUACCAGCUUGCAUUUCUGAAUACAUGGAUAUUUAUGCUGAGGUACAAUCAUCAGAUCCAGCUGAUUUAAUAAAUUCACCAUUUGGUGGAAGAUACUGUGGUCCAAUACCACCACGACGUCGGAUUUCAAUGCAUCGUGCAAUAGCGUUGUCAUUUUUCACAAAUAAAAAUUCAUCGACUCCAGAUUUAUUCCAAGGACGUUAUACAUUUAUAAAUGCAUCUGAAUACGAAAUCGGUAUACCAAUAGCUGGAUCACCAUGUUCCUACACGAUUACCCCUAGUAUGAGUUCAAAUAAAACAGGUGCUUUAAUAUCUCCAACUUAUCCUGGUGCCUAUCCUAAAGAUAUGUCAUGUACAUAUCAAUUUCUCGGUGAAUCGAAUCAGAGAGUUAGACUUGAAUUUCGUGACUUUGAUCUGUUUUUUGGAGGGCCUCAUUGCCCAUUUGAUUAUGUUAAAGUUUAUGAUGGUCCAGAUAAUUCAUCGGCAUUAGUUGGUACAUAUUGUGGACAGCAAAGAAAUUUAGUAUUAUAUUCAAGUGAAUCAAGCCUUUUUGUCCAUUUUUAUACAUUGCCAAGAACGGCAAAUACUCAAAAUCGUGGCUUUAAAGGAAUUUAUGAAUUUAGCGAAAGUUUUGUUAAAUUAGAUUUUAUACGACAAAAUGAUGGCAUUCACAUACGUGGCUCAGAAUGUGAUCAAAAAAUUUUAUCAAAAAAAGAAUCAACAGGACAUGUUUUUUCUCCAAAUUAUCCUUACCCGUAUAUACCAAAAACUGUUUGUAGGUAUUUUAUAUAUGGAAUGCAAGAUGCUCAACAUUUAGAACGUGUAAGGUUAGAAUUUUCGAUAUUCGAAAUUCCAAAGGGAGAAACAAAAGAAAAAAGCGAAAGCAAUUGUACCGAUGGGUACUUAAAGAUUUAUUUGAAAGGUCAAGAGACUCAAGAUGCUUACGAUAAAUUCGAUUAUGAAUUAUGUGGCAAUGAAAAUCAAUCAGUUGUAAGUGAUGGGCCACGAUUAGCAAUGGUAUUUAGUUCAGGUGAAUUACAAGGACGUGGUUUUAAAGCAAAAUAUACAUUUGAAACGGAAUAUAAGAUACCUGGAACAGCUGCUCCAGAUGGUUCAUGUAGUUUCACCUAUCGUAGUUCAUCAAAAAAGAAAGGAGAAUUUAAUAGUCCACGUUAUCCAUCAAAUUAUCCAUCAGAUACAAAUUGUUCAUAUAUGUUCUUAGCUAACAAAAGUGAACAAGUAACAAUUGUUUUUGAUCAUUUUAAAGUUCGAGCUGAUAAUCAUAAUGCUACUGGUGGUGCUUAUGGUGUCAGUGCUUGCUUUGAAGAUUGGCUGGAAAUAUAUGUUGUGUAUGAAGAUGCUGCCGAUCGUUUUAUGGGAAGAUAUUGUUCUGUAACAGCUCCUGGACCGAUUGAAAGUCCAAAAGGUGCAACUGGUCUAAGAAUAUUUUUACACACAAAUUCCGAAAACGUUGCUAGCGGCUUUAAGGCUCGAUAUGUUUUUGAAGCUGCUAAAUCGGAAUUUGGUGAUUGUGGUGGAAAUUAUAGUGGUGAAGACUCUGGUAUUAUUACUUCACCAAAUUAUCCACAGAACUAUAAAGGACCUGCUAAAGAUUUUGCAUCUAUGGCUUGUAAUUGGUUUAUUAGUGCUCGAGCUGGCUACAGAAUAUCAAUUAAUUUUGAACAUUUUUCGGUUGAAGGUGAUCCUGGAGGACGAGGUUGUCCAGCAGUUGUAUUACGUCUUUGGACAAGCAUAGACACCGAAGCACCACCUAUAGAAUUAUGUGGUGAAAAGCCUCCAACUGAACACUGGCAUUAUAUUUCACAGGGACAAUCGGCUAGAUUAAGUUUCACUACUACAGAUAAAACUAUAGGGGCUCAGGGAUUUCGUCUUGUUUGGACUGAAAUACAAGAUUCUGGCCCUGGAUCGCCGUCUUCCAUAUCAAUGCUAUGCGAGUCUACCUAUCAUUUUCAAUGUAAAUCAGGGUACUGUAUAGCAGAUAAGUUGCGUUGUGAUGGUGUUAAAAACUGUGGACCGGGUGAUGAUAGCGACGAAACGAACUGUAUAUUGGAGGUUCCCAAAGAGGAUCACGGCGUUCUAGUAAUCGUGGGAAUCAGCGCAGGCUCGUUCCUAAUUUGUCUCCUAUGCACACUCUGUCAUCGCCAAAGAAAGCGACGUCACCAUAGACAAUUAGGUUUACAUCGUAACGCAGCACAUUAUGAUUCUACAACUAGUGCCACAGGUUUAAGUUCCAGUAGGCGACAUUUACAAGGUGCAUCCGGAAGUUUAUCGGGUAGUUUACAUGGUAUUAAUAGUGGUACAUUAACAAUACCACCAUUACCACCGGCUCCAUUACCACCAACAAGUGUACCACCACCACCACAUAUAUGUAUUGCUGGCGGUACAUUAAGUAAUGGAUCUGAUGAUGAUGAUGAUGACGAUGAUGAUGAUGAUGCAUUAAAUCAUGAUUUAUUUAUAAAUGAUGUUCGUUUCGAUGAUGAAAUUAUAAAUAAUGAUGAAAAUGUUUAACAAUCGGUUAAUAUUUUUAAUAAAUUACAUGUAAUGAUUUUUACACAUCUUUUGGUAUUUAAAAAUAAAAAGAAAUCAUACAAAUUACUGAAACUAAUUAAAUAAUAAAGAGAAAACAAAAAAAAAAAAAGAAAAAUAACAAUAUUAAAAAUACUAAAUAAAACAAAAACUACAUUGAAAAAGACAUAUAAAAUGAGGAAAACAAAAUAAAAUAUACUUAAAAUACUAAAUCUAUAUAUACAUAUAUACAUACAUAUAUAUAUGAAAUAAUAUGUGGAAAAGAUAAAAUAUAUGUAAAUAUUUUCAAUGCGAUGAAAAGAAUUUAUAAAAUAUUAUUCUACACUACUU